AUGGACAAGGGCAAGGGCAAGGGCAAUGAAGAGCCUAAGACGUCGGGGGCGCAGGAGGCGCUCCUGAAGAAGAAGCUGGGUACCAAGGUGCCGGUCGACGCAAAGCUCGUCGGCCAAGAGCGGGUAAGAAGCAAGCCCUGUCGCGAGGCACCGCCCUCGGCCCAGAAAGCCCAGCCCCGCCGCGUCCGCUUCGACGAAGACGAGGAAGACGCGCUGAACUUUCUCGAAUACAAGGCCUAUUUGGCAACCUCGGCCCUGGGCCGAUCCCUGGACCAGAGCCAGGAACCAGCUGCUGCCGCCGGUGAGUCGGCAUCCGGGGCUCGAGACCCCCCCACCGAGCUCAGCGAGCUCGACAAGCUGAUCGAGGAGCUCCAAGCCCUCACAGCAGAGGCAAGCGGCACUGCCGCCGACGACACCACCACGCCUGGACAGCAGGCCGAGAAAGAGACCACGCCUCAAAAGGAGGCAGAGGAGAAGCGGGACCCCGAGGAGGUCAAGGCCUUUUGGGCCAGCGUGCGCGCCCAGCUGUACAUCAGCGACGACGAGAUCUACGGAUCAGACGACGAGGACGAUGAUGAGGACGACGGCGACGACGCCAAGGCUAAGAAGGGCAAGGGCGAGGACGAGGACGAGGACGAGGGUAAACCAUCAAAACUAUCUCCUCGCGCGCGGAACUAG